CGCCGGGCUGCCCCUGGCUUUUCCCUGCUUCUCCUUCCCUUCCUCCUGCUCCUUCCCUUCCUGCUCCUCCUCCCCUAGGGUCCGAUGGCGGCGGGUGACACGGAAAGGGCCCAGCAGCAGAUUGAUGAAAUUGAAGCCCUUUCAUCAAUCUAUGGUGAUGAUUGGUGUGUUGUUGAUGAAGAUGAAAAAAUCUAUUGCAUUAAAAUUAGUGACUGUCUGGACCAACCAAAAUGGACCCUGUGUUUGCAGGUGAUUUUGCCACCAGGAUAUCCAACUGCAGAGCCACCUAUUUAUCAACUAAAUGCCCCUUGGCUUCGAGGACAAGAUUAUACGGAACUAGCAAAUAGCUUGGAAGAAAUAUAUGUACAGAACCUUGGUGAAAGUAUACUGUAUUUGUGGGUGGAGAAGAUACGAGAAGUUCUGGUGGAAAAGGCACAGUCUUCAGAUCCAGAACCAGAUAUUAAGAAAACCACUGAAGAAGUUGAUGAAGAUGAUGGAGAUGAUUUUCUCCUAGACUAUCAGCCCACUCAGGAAGAUCAAGCUAAAAUGUUAAAUCACAUGGCAUCUGAAAGUCAGGAAGAUGAAGAACUGCCCCCCAUACAUCAUGGAAACCCAAUCACAGAUCGAAGGAGCACUUUCCAGGCACAUUUGGCUCCAGUGGUGACAACCAGACAAGUUAAAAGAGUUCUUGAAAAAUUGUAUGAGAACAAGAAAAUUGCAAGUGCUACCCACAACAUAUAUGCUUACAGAAUAUACUGUGAAGAUAAGCAGACGUUCCUACAGGAUUGUGAAGAUGAUGGAGAGACGGCAGCAGGUGGACGUCUUCUCCAUCUUAUGCAGAUUUUGAACGUCCACAAUGUGUUAGUUGUGGUGUCCCGCUGGUAUGGAGGUAUCCUCUUGGGACCAGAUCGUUUCAAGCAUAUAAACAAUUGUGCAAGAAAUGUACUUGUAGAGUACGACUAUGUACCAUCAACGAGAAAUUUUUUUUUGGAUGCUUAUUGGAUUUUUGACCCAUCCUAUUUUAAAUCCUUAUGAAUCUCAGCCUUUGGAUAACCUUGCCAGAGAGAACUUCCUUCCCAGACUGACCUGACUGGAUAC